GCGCGUUACAAUCACGCGCCUUCGUCAUCUUCUUCUUCUCUUCUCACCUAAUCAGAAUGUAUUAAUGGCUGAAUCGGCCUAAUUGGUCAAGAGAGAAAACUCAUACGAAUUAAUAAGCUUUGCUUCUUCCAUAGUUCAAAUCUCCUGUCUCCUUCCGUUCUCCCGCUGUACGCAGAGACUUUUCUCUCUCUAGAGUCGCGUGAUGUGACGCAGAGGGAGAGAGAGAAGAGGAGGAGAGUGGGUCUACAAUGCGAGAAUGGCUCAACACAGGCAAUCGGGAACAGAGAGGUACGGCGCUCGCGGCGGUUACCCUCAUUAUUCCAACGGCGGCGCGUCGUCGGAUCACGUCGCGAUCGGGAUUCGCUCGGCCGGCGGCGGCGGAGGCGGGAAGGCCGGUCGGUGGCGGCGAUCCGCUCGGCCGGACAGGAGUCUGCGCCUCGCCGUCGGUUCUAUCCUGUUCGUCCUAUGUAUUGUGCUCGUUGUCACUGUGUUAGUGUACUAUCACAUCUCCGGUUACAGCAGCAAUGGCAACGAUGAUAAGGGAUUUGAUACUUAUGAUGGCGAUUUUCUUACUAAUGUUACAAGAAUGGACCCUUCAAACACACUUAUGUUUGGUCAUGGUUCGGUGGCACAUGGACGAGACUCAAGAUAUUGGGAUAAGGAUGACAGAAGACGAGAUGAUGAUUACAAUGAGGAUGUAGUGGAUAAAAGAUUAGCUUCUUCGAACAAAUCCAUCAAUGAGGAGAGGUCAGUAUCUGAAGUGAAAAAAGAUUUCUCACAUGACAAUUCCCAAGAUUGGAGAGGGGUUGGAUUUUACAAUGAAGCCGGACGCAAUGAACUAAAGAAGUAUGAAGCAGAGUAUCAGGCAUCGCUCGAGAAGGGUGGGCAAUCCACCCAAGAAAAUGGUGUUCAUCAUAAUGCAUUUGAUGCUGACCACAAAGACAAUGAUGCAAUUGAUUCUCAUGAUGUUCUAGCGGAUGAUUAUGUUGGUUCUGGGCAUGAUGAGAAUGAGAAAGAAGAAUCCCAGAAAGAGAAACCUUCGGAGUUUCUUCGCUCCAUGACCAAGCAUCAGAAAACUGAGAAGGAUGAUGAAGAAGCAUCAGGUGUGGAGUCUUCUCCUAUUGCUACAAGUAUCAAAUCUGGAAAAAUAUCACGAUCUGAAAAAAGAAAACGAUCUAGGCGUGCAUCUUGUGAGAUGAAGCUGUUAAAUUCUAGUCAACCAAUAGUAGAGCCUUUGGAAACUCGAAAAUUUGCUAGGUUCUCUUUACAGUACAUACAGAGGGAGGAGAAACCCAAUGGAGAUGAAGGGUGGGAGCCUAGAUUUUCAGGUCACCAGAGUGUAGAGGAGUGGAAAGAAUCCUUCUUGGUUCAAGACAAGGAAAUCCAUUGCGGUUUUGUCAAAGGACCUAAAGGAACGCCUAGUACUGGAUUUGACCUGUCAGAAGAUGAUGCUAACUAUAUCAGCAGAUGCCACAUUGCUGUUAUUUCCUGCAUCUUCGGGAAUUCUGAUCGAUUGAGAGCUCCUGCUAGUAAAAUGGUAAGUCGUUUGUCAAGAAAAAAUGUCUGCUUCGUAAUGUUUGUGGACGACAUUACCUUUCAAACACUUUCUUCAGAAGGCCAAACCCCAGAUAGAGCAGGCUUCAUUGGUUUGUGGAAGUUGGUCGCCGUGAAGAAUCUUCCUUACUCAGAUAUGCGGAGGGUAGGAAAAAUACCAAAACUGUUACCGCAUCGGCUUUUCCCCUCUGCAAGGUACUCAAUAUGGCUGGACAGCAAGUUACGUCUCCAACUGGACCCUCUACUCAUUCUGGAGUACUUCCUCUGGCGUAAAGGUCACGAGUACGCUAUCUCCAAUCAUUACGACCGUCAUUGUGUCUGGGAAGAGGUUGUUCAGAACAAGAAGCUGAACAAAUACAACCACACUGUCAUCAAUCAGCAGUUUCAGUUUUACAAGGCCGAUGGGUUGACGAGAUUCAAUUCCUCAGAUCCCAACAAGCUUCUUCCUAGCAAUGUUCCUGAAGGGUCAUUUAUAGUACGAGCUCAUACUCCAAUGUCAAACCUCUUCUCCUGCCUUUGGUUCAAUGAAGUUGAGCGUUUCACUCCUCGGGAUCAGCUAAGCUUUGCAUACACCUACCAGAAACUAAGAAAGACAAAUCCCGACAAACCAUUUUAUCUUCAUAUGUUCAAGGAUUGCGAGAGGAGAAAAAUCGCAAAGUUAUACCGUCACAGAUCAGAGGAGAAGCGAAACCUUCUACUAUCAGCAACGAUGACGCAAUAGAGACAUUUUCUGAGCUGUACCUAUCUACCUUAGUCCCCUUCUGUAUAUAGCCGGGACAGUUUUAUCCUCGGCGUUUCCAUGGCUGUCACCAGAGCAAACGACCUGAUCGAACCACGGGAUGAGCCAGCAGCUCGACUCAGCUACGACCACAAGGUAUACGAAAAUGUCAGAUGAUUUUUGUUCAAGCCUUCGUUGUGUAAGCUCUCCAUUUUUGUUCAGUUCAAUGCCUUUUACGGCUCCUUGGCUUUUUUGUUUGUACCAUUCACCAGAACUCAGAAAAAGAGAGUAUCCGAUUCAUUA